UCUCUCCCUCUCCAAUUCAACCACUCUCACUCUAGUACUACUCUCCCCCUCUCUCUCUCUCUCUCUCUCUUCUCUUCCACACUAACAAUUAAUGGAGUUACAAACACUCAAAUUUUAUCUUCUUUCGCUGUGCCUCCUGGCCGCCGUCGCGCUCCUCCUCCCCGAAUGCGCGGCGGCCCGCAGAUCGAGAGCUGGGGGGGAGCGGCAGGCGGCGGUGGUGGCGGUGAAGGGGCUGAGGUACGCGUCGGCGACGAGCUGCAGGGCGCACUCGGCGGCGGUGACGGAGUUCGGGGCAGUGGGGGACGGGGCGACGUCGAACACGGCGGCGUUCCGGGCGGCGGUGGGGAACCUGAGCCAGUACUCGGCGGACGGGCGGGGAGGGGGCAUGCUGUACGUGCCGGCCGGACGGUGGCUGACGGGCCCGUUCAACCUCACCAGCUCCUUCACCCUCUUCCUCCACCGCGACGCCGUCAUCCUCGCCUCCCAGGUUGUCCAACUCUUCUGACCAUAUGUUUGUUUGUUCU